AUGGCGGAACAAAAUGCUAGUAACUUGUCCUUGAAUGCUGUAACCUGUGUGAAAUUGAGUUUUUUAUCUGCUAUGAUGAUCUGUGGUCUUGUAUCCUGUAUUUAUAUAAGCAUGAAACUUGGGUUUCAGAUCCGUCCAUUGUGGAGACACUACUUCCAGAACACACAAGAACUCAUCUUUGUGGUUGACAGUAAUGAUCGAGACCGUGUGGUUGAAGCGAGAGAUGAGCUUCACAGGAUGCUGAAUGAAGAUGAAUUGAGGGAUGCUGUUCUGCUAGUGUUUUCUAACAAGCAGGAUCUUCCCAAUGCAAUGAAUGCUGCAGAAAUUACAGACAAGCUUGGUCUCCACUCACUCCGUCAAAGACACUGGUAUAUCCAAAGUAUGUGUGCGACAUCAGGUGAAGGGCUAUACGAGGGUCUAGACUGGCUAUCGAACAACAUAGUGAGCAAGGGUUAAACGAUGGCUUCACCGGUUUACAUUUAGGACAAGGAUGAUUGCACAUUCGUUUUCGGUUAUGUGAUUCUUAUACAUUCAUGUUAAAAGUUUUUCAAUAGAAUAUAUUGUUUCUACUUUGUGUAGUUUGAGUUUGAGACAUGAGAUUAAUUGCUACCAUUCUAGUAAUGUCAUUUUGUCAAAAGUUGUU